AUGGACACCAACAGAGAAUUGCUCCUGCGUGAUAAUUUCGAUUAUGACUUUGAUAAGUACAGAACAUGGUCCAGCGUGAUAAGCCACAGCUCUGACCAGGUGACACUGGCUGCAAAAUUGACCGCCGCUUAUCAUAGCCUCGAAAAGGGGCUGACGAUCGAACAACCUCGCGCGGAGUUCGGACGGGCGAAGGUUAAUUUCAUCAUCCACGCAAUCAAGUCUCUCGAAAAAUUUCACGACGAGCAUGGCAUGGUCUUGUCUGCAGACUUUGACGACGAGUUGCGGAAAAUCGUUGGCGAAAUGAAGUUUACCCCGAAAGAGGUUCAAGAAGCGACCGCCUUCGACUACACUCGUUUCGUCCAAGCGCGUCACAGUGUGCGCCACUACAAUGGUGAAAGCAUCUCUCCUGAUCAAAUAAAGCUGGCUGUUGCCCGAGCUAUUCACACCCCCCAAACGGUCAAUCGCAAGACUCGGCGUGUCUACGCUGCAUAUGAUCCUGAGCUGCGAGAGGAAUUGCUAAGCUACCAGCGCGGGAACAUUGGUUUUGGACCCAAACUUGGCGCAGUAUUGGUCGUAACUUCCGACCUUCGUGAGUUCGAUAUCAUCGGGGAACGCAACCAGGCUUGGGUCGAUGGUGGACUAUCCGCCAUGUCAUUGAAUUUUGCACUACACGCCAGCGGCUUGGGCACAUGCAUGCUGAACUGGUCUACAGAGAAAGAGCAAGAUAAGGCCCUACGCUCUGCUUUCGAAAUCCCCGAAUACGAGAUUAUCAUCACGAUGCUGUGCGUCGGUGGGCUUCCUGAAUUUCUGCAUGUGGCUGCAUCACCAGCGCCGGUAGCAGAUGACAUACUCUCUGUUAUCAAAUCUCGGAAAAUAAAAAAAGAGUAA